CCUUUCCUGGCAUUCAGCAUAAAUACUCACAAGAAACAUUCCAAAUGCACAAGUGGUUCUCAUCUUUUCUGCAGCUAAAAACCUGUGUGGGGAUUUGAAGAGGACUGACAAAAGCAGCCAGUUUCUUUCACAGGAUCAUCUGGCCAGUUACCACUCUGUGAUGGAUUCUUCCAAAUCUGAGUAUGCUGAAAAACUUUGCAAUGUCCGUGGACUUAUAAUAUACAAAGAUUUUGCUAAAAAUUGGGAUAAUGUGGAGGCAUUCCAGGCAAGGCCAGAUGAUCUCCUUAUUGCCACCUAUCCCAAAUCUGGUACAACCUGGGUUAGUGAGAUUGUAGACUUGAUCUAUAAAGAAGGUAAUGUUGAAAAGUGCAAAGAAGAUGUCAUUUUUAAUCGAAUACCUUUCUUGGAAUGCAAAAAUGAAGAGCACUUUGAUGGAAUAAAACAAUUAGAAAAUAUGGCAUCUCCUAGGAUAGUAAAGACUCAUCUACCACCUGAAUAUCUUCCAGUCUCAUUCUGGGAAAAGAAUUGCAAGAUGAUCUAUCUUUGCCGGAAUGUCAAGGAUGUGGCUGUUUCUUAUUAUUAUUUCCAUCUGAUGGUACCUGCCCAUCCAAAUCCAGGAACAUUUCCAGAAUUUGUGGAGAAAUUCAUGAAUGGAGAAGUUCCUUAUGGUUCCUGGUAUAAACACGUAAAAUCUUGGUGGGAAAAGAGUAAGAGCCCAAAUAUACUAUUUCUUUUCUAUGAAGACAUGCACGAGGAUAUCAGAAAAGAAGUAAUAAAAGUGAUUCAUUUCCUGGGAAGAGAGCCAUCAGAGGAGCUUGUGGAGACGAUUGUGAAUCAUACUUCAUUCCAAGAGAUGAAGAAUAAUCCAACCACCAAUUACACAGCAAUACCAGACGAAUUUAUGAACCAGAAAGUGUCCCCCUUCAUGAGAAAGGGAAUCGUAGGAGACUGGAAGAAUCACUUUACAGUAGCCCUGAAUGAAAGAUUUGAUAUGCACUAUGAGCAGGAAAUGAAAGGGUCUACACUGAAAUUACAAACCAAGAUCUAAGAAGGGCUUUCUUGUCUUAAUAUUUCUGAGAAUAAACUUUCUUUUCAGCAUGCUUCGAUUUUUUUCCAAGAUUGGUAGAGAGGAAAAUUUAAAAAUGUUAUUUUCAAUGCUUUUUAGAAUAUAAUCCGUACCUGUGAUUUCCUUCUUGAUUUUGUUUCACUUUCCUCAAAAUGGCUUAAUUUAGAAUUUAUCUUUGCAUAAAUGGAAGACUGAAGUUGUCCCCGUCUUUAAAUUAUGAAGUCUACAGGACACAAAGGACACUCACAACUAAUUGUGAGUUUUAAAAAAUGUUUUUUAUUGAAGUAUUCUAAGUUAUUUGGCCCAAACAUUAAAAUACUUUAAAAGAUCAGUAUUAAUGUAGUAGGUAAAAAAGUUAUAUUGACAUUUUCAAGUGUAUUAGUUG